AGCGCGUGAAGCCGGGAGGGAGGCAGCGGCGAGGUUGCAGCGGGCCCAGCUCGGCUCCGUGCCACCCCGCCGAAGGCUCGCCCGGAUCGGGAGGCGGCGUGAAGAAGCAGCAGCCGCAACAGCAGCCACGCCACCAUGGCGGGGCUGAACUGAAGCGGCGGCGAGGGAGGAGGGAGAGCGCUCUGCAUACCCUCCUCCAGCCCAUCCCUGGUGGAGCUGGGCUGGGCAGGGCUGGCGCUGCGCGUCGCGGGGCUCCUUCCCAGCUGAGCCCGCGCGAUCACUCGGGCACCAGAGCCCGGCGCGCGGGGGUGGGGAGGGCCGGCCGCUUUUGUGCUUUUGCCCCUCGCUCGCUCGCUCGCUUGCCCGCCCGCCCGCCUCUCCCUUUCCCGUCCUUCCUCCGGGGCGGCGUGUUUGUGUGCGCGGGUCGCGAACAAAGACCCCCGGGCGCACCCGGCGCGGCAGAGAAGGGCGCGGGGCGAGCGAGAAGAUCGCCUUCCCGGGAUCGACUAUGGCGGAUCGCAGCCUGGAGAGCCUCUCUCUGCCGCUGGAGGUGAGAGCGCGGCUGGCCGAGCUGGAGCUGGAAUUGUCGGAAGGUGACAUCACACAGAAGGGCUAUGAAAAGAAGAGAUCAAAAUUAAUUGGGGCCUACUUGCCACAACCUCCAGCGGCGAAUGGAGCUGCCGCGGUACGGUGUAGACUGCAGCACAGUGAAGGGCCCGCAAGAAGGAUGCACCGCACUAGCAACAUUGGGGUCUGUGACAUCCGGGAAGCAGCAGCUAGAGAGCGCACAGCACCGCACAGCACAGCAGCAAACCGUCCCCUCUUUUACUUUCGUUUUGGAGUGGAUCAAGCAUUGCCACAAGAACGCCGAACACCAGUAACUCCAUCCUCCUCCUCUCGAUACCAUCGCCGUAGAUCUUCAGGGUCACGAGAUGAACGCUAUCGAUCAGAUGUCCACACAGAAGCAGUCCAGGCAGCUCUUGCAAAACAUAAAGAACGGAAGAUGGCAGUACCAAUGCCAUCCAAGAGACGUUCACUGGUGGUGCAAACAUCAAUGGAUGCCUAUACCCCUCCAGAUACCUCUUCUGGCUCUGAAGAUGAAGGUUCCGUGCAGGGCGAUUCCCAGGGAACACCAACCUCAAGCCAAGGGAGUAUAAAUAUGGAGCACUGGAUCAGCCAAGCCAUCCAUGGCUCAACCACAUCUACCACUUCUUCAUCCUCAACCCAAAGUGGUGGCAGUGGGGCUGCGCAUAGGCUAGCUGAUGUUAUGUCACAAACUCAUAUAGAAAAUCAUUCUGCCCCUCCAGAUGUUACCACUUACACCUCCGAACACUCAAUACAAGUAGAAAGACCACAAGGUUCAACAUCAAGAGCGGCACCAAAAUAUGGAAAUGCUGAACUUAUGGAAACUGGUGAUGGAGUUCCAGUAAGCAGCAGAGUAUCCGCCAAAAUCCAGCAACUGGUUAAUACUCUGAAGCGACCCAAACGUCCACCAUUACGAGAGUUCUUUGUGGAUGACUUUGAAGAAUUACUAGAAGUUCAACAACCAGAUCCUAAUCAACCAAAGCCAGAAGGAGCUCAGAUGUUGGCAAUGCGUGGGGAGCAGCUGGGCGUGGUUACGAAUUGGCCUCCUUCACUUGAAGCUGCACUGCAACGAUGGGGAACAAUUUCUCCCAAAGCUCCUUGUUUGACCACUAUGGAUACCAAUGGAAAACCACUAUAUAUUCUCACUUACGGUAAACUUUGGACUCGUAGUAUGAAAGUUGCUUAUAACAUACUGCACAAAUUGGGCACCAAGCAGGAACCGAUGGUGCGGCCAGGAGACAGGGUAGCCCUUGUUUUUCCCAACAAUGAUCCAGCAGCUUUUAUGGUAGCAUUUUAUGGCUGCCUUCUUGCAGAAGUUGUUCCUGUUCCCAUUGAAGUGCCACUUACCAGAAAGGGUACUCCUCCUUCUGUCUGGAUUUUCAUAGAAGCCAAACCAAAUGAGAGCUCAUUUCUGAAGACUUUUCUUGCAAAAGAUGCAGGUAGCCAACAGAUCGGCUUCUUGCUUGGAAGCUGUGGUGUCACUGUAGCCUUGACUAGUGAUGCAUGCCAUAAAGGGCUACCUAAAAGCCCUACAGGGGAGAUACCCCAAUUUAAAGGCUGGCCAAAGCUGCUGUGGUUUGUGACAGAAUCAAAACAUCUUUCAAAACCUCCUCGAGAUUGGUUCCCCCACAUCAAAGAUGCAAACAAUGACACCGCUUACAUUGAGUACAAAACCUGUAAGGAUGGAAGUGUUCUUGGCGUGACGGUGACAAGGAUUGCACUACUGACCCAUUGUCAAGCGCUCACCCAGGCUUGUGGAUACACGGAAGCUGAAACUAUUGUGAAUGUUCUGGAUUUCAAAAAAGAUGUGGGUUUAUGGCAUGGCAUCCUUACAAGUGUUAUGAACAUGAUGCAUGUGAUAAGCAUCCCAUAUUCCUUAAUGAAAGUGAACCCACUUUCAUGGAUACAGAAGGUGUGCCAGUACAAAGCAAAAGUAGCCUGUGUAAAAUCCAGAGAUAUGCACUGGGCAUUAGUAGCACACAGAGAUCAACGUGAUAUCAACCUCUCUUCACUUAGAAUGUUGAUAGUGGCUGAUGGCGCCAAUCCAUGGUCUAUUUCUUCAUGUGAUGCAUUUCUAAACGUCUUCCAAAGUAAAGGCCUAAGACAAGAAGUAAUCUGUCCUUGUGCCAGUUCACCAGAGGCUCUCACGGUGGCUAUUAGAAGACCAACAGAUGACAGCAAUCAGCCACCUGGAAGGGGAGUAUUAUCCAUGCACGGGCUUACUUAUGGAGUAAUUAGAGUGGAUUCAGAAGAAAAGCUUUCUGUUCUAACAGUGCAAGAUGUUGGUUUGGUGAUGCCUGGAGCCAUAAUGUGUGCUGUCAAACCAGAUGGAGUCCCUCAACUCUGCCGAACAGAUGAAGUUGGUGAACUCUGUGUAUGUGCUAUUGCCACAGGUACAUCUUACUAUGGACUUUCUGGAAUGACCAAAAAUACAUUUGAGGUGUUCCCUAUGACUACUUCAGGUGCCCCCAUAAGCGAAUAUCCCUUUAUAAGAACUGGACUUCUUGGGUUCAUUGGCCCUGGAGGACUUGUUUUUGUGGUUGGUAAAAUGGAUGGUCUGAUGGUUGUCAGUGGCAGGAGACACAAUGCAGAUGACAUUGUAGCUACAGCAUUGGCAGUGGAACCCAUGAAGUUUGUCUACAGGGGAAGGAUAGCAGUAUUUUCAGUGAGCGUCCUUCAUGAUGAACGAAUAGUCAUUGUGGCUGAGCAGAGGCCAGAUUCUACAGAAGAAGACAGCUUUCAGUGGAUGAGCAGAGUCCUGCAGGCUAUAGACAGUAUUCAUCAAGUAGGAGUUUACUGCCUAGCCUUGGUACCAGCAAACACACUCCCAAAGACUCCGCUUGGUGGAAUCCACUUAUCAGAAACAAAGCAGCUCUUCCUUGAAGGAGCAUUGCAUCCCUGUAAUGUACUGAUGUGUCCACACACCUGUGUAACAAACCUGCCUAAACCAAGACAGAAACAACCAGAAAUUGGUCCUGCCUCUGUGAUGGUGGGGAAUCUGGUCUCUGGAAAAAGGAUUGCACAGGCAAGCGGCAGAGAUUUGGGACAAAUAGAAGAUAAUGAUCAAGCUAGAAAGUUCUUAUUCCUCUCAGAAGUCUUACAGUGGAGGGCCCAGACAACUCCUGACCAUGUGCUUUAUACUCUACUAAACUGUAGGGGGACAAUAGCAAAUUCUCUCACCUGUGUCCAGCUACAUAAACGAGCUGAAAAGAUAGCAGUAAUGUUGAUGGAAAGGGGUCAUUUGCAAGAUGGUGAUCAUGUUGCUUUAGUCUACCCACCAGGCAUAGAUCUGAUUGCUGCAUUUUAUGGAUGUUUAUAUGCUGGCUGUGUGCCAAUAACAGUUCGGCCUCCUCAUCCACAAAACAUUGCAACAACCUUACCCACAGUGAAGAUGAUUGUGGAGGUGAGUCGCUCUGCUUGUUUAAUGACAACACAAUUAAUAUGUAAAUUAUUACGGUCCCGGGAGGCAGCAGCAGCAGUGGAUGUCAGAACGUGGCCACCUAUAUUAGACACAGAUGAUUUGCCAAAGAAACGGCCUCCUCAGAUCUUCAAACCUUCAAAUCCUGACAUGCUAGCUUAUCUCGAUUUCAGUGUAUCUACAACUGGAAUGUUAGCAGGGGUGAAGAUGUCUCAUGCAGCCACUAGUGCCUUUUGUCGUUCUAUUAAGCUGCAGUGUGAACUUUACCCUUCUAGAGAAGUUGCAAUUUGUUUGGAUCCCUAUUGUGGACUGGGGUUUGUCCUUUGGUGCCUCUGUAGCGUUUAUUCAGGACACCAGUCUAUUUUAAUUCCUCCCUCAGAAUUGGAAACUACACCUGCUCUAUGGCUUCUGGCUGUGAGCCAGUACAAAGUAAGAGAUACCUUUUGUUCCUACUCAGUUAUGGAGCUUUGCACCAAGGGCCUUGGUUCACAAACAGAAUCUUUGAAGGCAAGAGGACUGGACCUGUCAAGGGUGCGGACAUGUGUGGUUGUGGCAGAAGAACGACCUCGAAUAGCUCUGACACAAUCUUUUUCAAAGCUUUUUAAAGAUCUGGGCCUCCAUCCUAGAGCUGUCAGCACAUCCUUUGGCUGCAGAGUUAACUUGGCUAUAUGUUUGCAGGGAACAUCUGGGCCAGACCCAACCACUGUGUAUGUUGACAUGAGGGCUCUCAGACAUGACAGAGUGCGUUUAGUAGAAAGAGGGUCUCCCCAUAGUUUGCCUCUCAUGGAAUCAGGAAAGAUCCUCCCCGGCGUUCGUAUCAUUAUUGCUAAUCCAGAAACAAAGGGCCCCCUUGGUGACUCUCAUCUUGGAGAGAUAUGGGUUCACAGUGCCCACAACGCCAGUGGAUAUUUUACAAUCUAUGGUGAUGAAUCCCUACAAUCAGAUCAUUUUAACUCAAGACUGAGUUUUGGAGACACACAAACUAUCUGGGCACGAACUGGCUACCUGGGAUUCUUGAGGAGGACAGAACUUACAGAUGCAAAUGGAGAACGACACGAUGCACUUUACGUAGUAGGUGCAUUAGAUGAAGCCAUGGAACUGCGAGGAAUGCGGUAUCAUCCCAUAGAUAUAGAGACAUCAGUGAUUAGAGCACACAAAAGCAUUACGGAAUGCGCGGUGUUUACCUGGACAAAUUUGUUGGUUGUUGUCGUUGAACUGGAUGGAUCAGAGCAAGAAGCCUUAGACCUGGUUCCUUUGGUCACCAAUGUGGUCCUGGAGGAACACUAUCUGAUUGUUGGGGUCGUGGUGGUGGUAGACGUUGGAGUCAUCCCUAUCAACUCCCGUGGAGAGAAGCAGCGAAUGCACCUACGAGAUGGAUUUUUGGCAGACCAGUUAGAUCCGAUCUAUGUGGCCUAUAAUAUGUAGUCUUAUAUCUUUAAGGUUUCCCAUGGACUGGACUCUAGAUGUAUAAAACACUUUUUUUAUGUACACUAAACAAUGUACAAGUAACGGUCUUCAGAAUGGAACUCUUUCUCUUAGGACUUAUUGAAGUACCCAUUAUUGGCAGGACAUAAAAAUGUGAAAUGUGUUUCUUUUACCACUACAUUUUAGCACAGAAGGACUUUGGGGUACUGCCUUCGGUUUGUUGGAAAGCCCAUUACUAGACUUUUUAAAAUAAGAUUAUUUUUUGCUUAUUGGGAUGAAUACUGCUUUCUAAGUAAUAGGCUUUGUAUCUUAUGUUAAACUGAACUUGCUAUUUUUUUUUUUUUUAAUCUGCCCCCACCUAGCCAUUCACCCACACAUGGAUAUUUUUGAACAGCUCAUGAUAUGAUUGAAUUGUUUUGGUUUGCUUCUUUUUAAAAAAUGUCUGUAUAAAAUCAAACUUUUCUCACUAUGGCCCCAUUACUAAUUUUAAGCCGUUUUCUAUUCCAUUCACCUAGGAAGCUACACUGAGGUACGAGAAAAAAUACUCAAAACAGCACCUUCUCAAAUUAGAAUUUUUAACAGCUUUCUCUCCUGGAAAUGCUGAAGUUCAGAGGUAAAAAAAGAAAAAAAGCCUUUGAUUAUUAGUGUUAGAAUGAACAAAUCUUUAUAAAUAAGGUGUAUUUCGGCAAUGAACUUGCAGAUAUCUUUGUACUAAACUAAAAAGAUAAAAUAAGUUAACUACUUCUGUAAUUAUGUACAAAACCUUUAAUUUAUUUUGAUCUCUUUAGAAGUAUAAAAGAGAAACAUUCAAGAAUAUUAAACUCUUGCAGUGUUUGCUAAUAUAAAAACAAAAGGUUGUAUUAUCUUGAGUGGAUAGUAUCACAUCAAAAAUAUAUAUAUAUGAAAUAUGAAUUCACUAAUGACAAAAAAAAGUCAUAAAGUUUUAAAAAGAUGCAGUACUCAUCACUUGCAUGGUGUCUCUUUUCCCACUGUAGAUAAUGAACAUUAUUCACAAACAUUUAGGGGGAAAACAGCAGUUCUCGAUUGCUCAGUGUCCCCACCUAAAAGAAUCUUCCAUAUACCAGCAGAUACAAAUUUGUUUGCUGCCGCUUGCAAGGCAGUGAGUUGAUUUCAAGGUCGCAGACUUCUUGUCUUGCUCAGUCUGAGAGCAAGAGGUUAAGCAGUCCCUUUAGGAGCCUGGGGUGAGUGUCCCCUGCCCAUCCAACUCUCCCAGCUGGCUGUUCCCCCAAACUUGCUUUAGCUCCCCACAAGGGCCCUGCUUUUUCCUCCACCAUCCUUUUCCUCCGAUGGUGCUGCAGUUCUCAAGAGGGAAGGCUGAAUUGGAAGGGCCGUAAAGUCUUGGCAAGUCUCUUGGGAAGAGCCGAGGCGACAGGAUGCCCCCUGGCAGGACAACUAAACCAGGACAGAACCUGCUUAUCAUGACUCUUCCCAGAGCAGAUCGACUUGUGUCCAAAGACUUGGAACAGUGCACUACAAAGAAUACUAUUCUUUACCAUCGAGGUGACCAUAAAUGUUGGCAUGUAUGUUGAUACACUUUCUUAGAUGUUAGAAAAGGCAGGUUUGAAGUAUAGCACUGUUUUCCUUAGCUACAUAAUAUUGUUGCACAAUAAUUGUCAUUUUUUUUUUUCUUUUCAAGUUCAACUUUCGUUUUUGUUAAUACUUUUUAAUGGGUUUUUUUUUCCUUGUGGUAAGGACAAUUUUUGUUAGCUUUUUGAUGGUCGUUUUGCACAAGGGUUGGUUUUUUGUUUUUGUUUUUUGUUUCAUUUUUUGUAAAAAGAAAAGAAAAGAAAGGCGUUUCUGCUGUCUGGUUUAACUUGGGAAAGGAGAGAGUCCAUCUAUUUAACACUUUGUAGAAAGUUGUUGCUUUGAAAAAAAUAUCUUAUUUGUUAUUGGACAAUAACCAGAAACCCUCUUGAUUUGGCCUAGCUUAGUGCACCUGCUAACGUUUGUCAAACUGAGGGACUGAAAUUCAAAUGUUGUGAUGCAAUCCUUCCAUCUGCCAAUAGAGCAAGAAGCGAAGGGAACAAAACCACAUAUCCCAAGCUUGCCUCUCUCUUCUCCCACCCUUCCCUCUUGCUCUGAUUUUUGCCAUUUUUAAAUCUCUUCAGGUAAAUGGACCGCCUGUCCCAUUUCUGGUUUUCUCCUUGUCUUCUUUGCUGAUUUCAUUUUCCUUUAGUAAUCCCCAGGUCAACCCAUGCUUGAUGAGAAGAUGAAGAUUAACCAGGAAGAAGAACAGCUUUUUUUUUAAUUUGUUUUUUUUUUUUACAGGUUCGGAAUAAUUGCUUAACAUCCAUUGAAAUUUGCAUGCGUAACAGAGUUAUAGGAUAAACACCUCGGGAUCCUUAUAUCUCGCAUAGAAUGGAAUUGUUUUGAUGCACCUUUGCAGGUUUCCUUUGGUUCCGGUCAAUCCUCUUUUUGUUUUCUUCUUUAAUAGAUGGGAGUACUUAAAAGGAAUGGUUUGUAGCCUCCGUGUACAAUACAGAGUAUUUCAUGAUUCUUUUUUUGCAUUUUAAGUUUCAGAUGAACUUUUUCUAGAUUUUCUUUGCCCUAUGAAUAUUUCUCAUGUCCCAAAGGCCUCUGGAUAGGGAAGAGUUCUGCCACAUUGUUCUGUGUGGGGCCAUCAAAAAUACAAUCUGUUUGUAGAACGUCAAGUUGCUACAAAGUUCACACGACUUGAUCAUGAGCCUAACUGCCAUGUAUGAACUAACAUGUGACAUCGCUGCUACCGCUGACACAAAUCCAGCUGUCGCUUUGCAACCGCCUCUCUUUUAACCUUCACUUAAGACAACUUUCCACUCCUGGGGAAGCGUGAAGGACUGCAACGCAGUCGUACAGCACCGUUAAAUCACUGAUCGCUUCGGCAACCUGCCGGUCGUUUCAACUCUUAAAAAAAUUAGGACAGUAAAUGUAAACUGAAUAUCCUAGUUUUGUCAUGCAAGUGAAGAGAAAAAAAAAACAUAUGUAACCAUCAGAUUCAGCAAUAAGGAAAGAUUGCUCUGUAUUAGAAAUUGUACUGUAGAUAAACCAUUCAUGAGAAUGUAUAAACUGUUUGUCUUGUGAACUUGUGCUUUUGAAGUCAGACAAAAUCAUGUAAUCAACCUGAUGGACACCUGAAAAGAAAGAGAAAAAAAAAAAAACAAUCCCGAACAGGCAAAUGAAGGAGGAGGGUUCACAGUGAACAUUGAAACACAAAACUAAGCAACAGGAGCAGAUUCUUCAUGGUGCUCGUUUAUUAUAUAUAUUUAAUCCUGCUUGACACUUUACCCAAGGGGAAACUGUCCCUUUUAUCAGUUGAAUGUUAGCAGCGUUAUUUCAUAGAGUGUGGUGACUGGUUAGAGACAUCCAUGUAACUCAGCCAAUCACAGUUCCAAAAAAAAAAAUUUUAUGUGCAAACAGCAACCUUCUUGUAUGUUAAAACACCAGUACGCUUUGUACAUCUGUGAUAACGCCUGUUUUAUAUUCAAAUGAACGAAUAAAAGCUUUUAUUUUUGUUGCUCUGAAAAGAA